AUGGCGCGACAGCGUAGCAGUUCGCAAUGCAGUUCUAAUGCUAGUAGCAGCGUUUUUAUUCGGAACCUAGAUAAGGAGAUGGAUGAGGAAACUUUGUCCAACAUAUGUUCGGUAUUUGGGAGAAUUAGACGCUGCGAAGUUAACCAUCACAAGAAAGCCAGCUCGAUAACAUUUGGCUUUGUACACUACGAUAGUGAAGACUCGGCAAGCGCCUGCAUUCAGGCGCUCAACGGAAUGCUGUUGAUGGAUCGGAAGAUAACCGUAGACCGAGCCAUAGACCCUGAGAAACGAUCGAAAGAUGAUUUGCUCCGUAAUUUGUACGUGAAAAACUUUGGUAAUGAGCUGACAAACGAGUCGCUGAAGGAACUGUUCGACAAGUUCGGGCCGAUCAGCAAUUCUGGGGUUGUCAAAGACAAGAACGGUCAAAGCUGCGGUCAUGGCUUUGUGGUCUUUCGUAACACAGCUUCUGCUGCUCAGGCUAUCCGGGAAUUAAAUGGAUGGAAAUUGAGUAGUGGCAAACAGCUGCAGGUGGGAUGCGCUGCGAAGAUAACCGAAGCUUUUCCAACGGAAGUUCCCGGUCAGGAAGGCAUGUCGUUUCGCCGGGGUUUAAAUUUAUACGUCAAUAACCUGGAAAGAUGGAUCGAUGAUAAAGGUUUACGCAAAAUGUUUGAACCAUUCGGAACGGUAAUCUCAGCUAGAAUCAUCCAGGGCAAUAAUAAUUUCUCGAAAGGAUACGGUUUCGUCUGUCUUUCUACGGUAGAGCAAGCCGUCUCGGCUAUAUUAAACAUGAACGGGCAGAAGGUUGCCACGAAGACACUGCAUGUUUCAUUUGCACAAUGCAAGAAAGAUCGAGAGCCUUUGGCUCAGUGCGUACAGCAGGUAGCGAGAAUGGCAGUUCAACCAACUCCGGCGAACCAAAUGUAUCGACCGCUGGGGUAUGGUUCCUUUUCAAUGCCACUACAGCCGGCCGGACAGGUGAACAUGUGGGCGAAUGCGGUCCCGCUUGGACUUUUGGACGAUGGCAAACCGAACCAACCAACAGGAAAAAGUUCUACGAAGAAAAAAGACCCAAAGGAGCAGGCUGGAAUCGUUCCGGGUAACCCUGGUACGGCUGCUACAUAG